UUUGCAGCAAUAUCCCACAUAAGCUUCCUUUUCUUUAAUUAAUGACCAUUAAUGGAGAUAUACUCCACUCUUAAUUUCAACUUACUUUCAUUUUUUCUUUUCUUCUUCUUCCUCUUUAUUCUAAUCAGUAGACAAUGGAAAAACAAGAAGCAAAUCAGGUUCCGUCCUCCAGGUCCAUGGAGACUUCCCUUUAUUGGAAGUCUGCAUCACUUGAUCGGACGAGGACUUCCACAUCACACUCUUAGAAGUUUAGCGCAAAAAUAUGGGCCUAUUAUGUACUUGCAACGCGGGGAAAUUCCAACGGUGGUCAUAUCAUCACCUACUAUUGCAAAAGAAAUUCUAAGAACUCAUGAUCUCGCCUUUGCUACUAGGCCACCACUUACAUCCACAAAAAUCAUAUUUUACAAUACUAAGGACAUUAUAUUUCACCAAUAUGGUGACUACUGGCGACAAAUGUGUAAAAUUUGUAUUGUAGAACUUCUUAGUACGAAGAUGGUCAAGUCCUUUGGUGCAAUUCGACAAGAUGAGCUUUCAAGUCUCAUUUCAUCAAUUCGUUCCACGAGGGGUUCCGCAAUCAACAUGAUAGAAAAAAUCUUUCGGUUUACCAACUCUGUCACUUGUAGAGCAGCCUUCGGAAAAAUGUUCAAAGAUCGAGACGAAUUUAUAACAUUAGUGAAGGAAGUACUGUUAUUAAUUGGAGGAUUUGAUGUGGCAGAUCUGUUCCCUUCUUGGAAGUUACUUCACAAAAUGAGUGGCUCCAAAUCUAGAUUGAUGAAUGCCCAUGAAAAGGUUGAUGAAGUUAUGGAGGAAAUCGUCAACGAGCAUAUUGAAAAUAAAGCAGCUGGUAAAAGGGGAAAUGGUGAGUUUGGAGACGAAGAUUUGGUUGAUGUUUUCCUAAGGGUUAAGGAGAACGCAGAACUUCAGUUUCCAAUCACGAAUGACCACAUUAAAGCUGUGAUUCUAGUAAGUUUGCUCUCAUCUCAUGUAAAAUCCAUUAAUAAUUAA